GCGUCUUAUUAACAGUCAAAUAAAUGUGGAGAGCUCCAUCUAAUAGAGUAUCUCUUUAUUUUUGGGUCGUCGCCAUGCCAGAAGGAUGCUGUAAUGAUCUAAUGAGGUAUCUUUGUUUUUUGUUGCUUUCCUGUGGUCUGCAUUCUGUUUAUGGAGAUAAUAUCAGCCGAUAUGUCCAAGAAAGACCAUUCUGUCAACCUGGUUUUUACUGCCUACCGGAUAGCAUGACUCCAAUUCCUUGUCCAAGGGGAACGUAUGGGCCUGCUGCAAAUAGUAUGGCAAUGGAAAAGUGUCUCGAGUGUCCUCCUCAACAUUAUUGUCCCAGACCGGGUCUGUCCGCAUCCCUCCCGUGUGGCUCGGUGGCUCAGCAGCCUCACUCUGGCCAGGACACCUGCAUCUGCCCGGGAGAAGGACAGAAUUUUCAGAGGAGUGACGGGCAGUGCCAAUGUACCCUCAAUUAUCAGCCCAUCGACGGUGAAGAUGUGUGUGUGCACAAAGUGUACAGCAUCUGCAGGGAUGGAAAAACACGGACUCAGCAUGGAGAGUGUUUGGACCGACAUGAGUGGUCAAGUCACUGCAAGACGCAGGUGUGUCCAUCUGCAGAAGACUAUGAGGGGUAUGACGGAGAACUCGGUCUGUGUGUGUGCGUAGAGCCUCCUGGGAGAGCUGCGUGUGGAGGCCUAUGUAGGAAAAGGCCUGAAAGUCACCUGAGACUACAGUGCAAGUCUAGUGGAGAACUGGAGCUGGUUUUAAGUUCUGAUAGUCGGGUGUCGGGCUUCUCCGGCACCAUGCUGGAGACUCUCUUUAAAGUUUGGGACUCCCAGGGGAGCUUGCAAUGUGGCAGCCAUCUCACCCCUCCACGCCCGGUCUACAUUGUUCAGACAAGCGAUGCGGGAUUUACCGGCCUCUUUAGCGAAGGCAUCGAACUUCAACAACUGUUUUUGUCACUCACAGAGCUGCGGGAAACUCCCAGGCCUCAUGAUGAGUCUGUCCUUCCGUGGGAUAUGGGCAAAAUGGAAAAUAUGAGCGGGAGCAUGGAUAAUAGUAAUAAGGGAGAAUCGAGGGAAAGUCUCAGUGGAAUUCUCAACCCCACAACAUGUCUCCACUUGGGCGAUGUUCUAUUGUUCACCGUCACCCCUCGUGAUUAUCCUCAGUACGAUGUUGACAACUUGUACAACACAAACAGUGAUUUUGACUGGGGGUCAUUGAGGAAACUGAAAGAGGAGCUGACUCUCUCCUGGACACCUCCCAGCUUUUUUUCAAUUGUCUUCAACCAACCCGGAGUUUAUGUUUUUAGGCUUAGCAGCCAUCAUCACAAACAUAUGUACGUGCGGGUAAUGGCUGCAGGAGGCCAAUGUUACGAGCCGGGGCCCUUCUUUGCAACUAUUCCACGUCACGUCACAAGAGUGGGCAUCAGGAAGAGAAGAAACCUUUUACUGCGUCCUGACUGGCUGGUGACGGGAGGUCUUUUGUUUGGAGCCGCCCUCAUCUUGUGUUUAUGUGUCAUUGUCUUGAUCCUUUUCCACGAGUAUGGUUGGCCUGAGAAGAAGCCAAUCACGGCGCGGUAUCACACACGGCAGAUGACCUAUCACAUGGAAGACUACGCAUCAAAAGGUUCAAGGGUGAUGUCACAAAUGAAAAUACACAGAAAACAACAAGCUGUCAUCAGGCUGACUUCCAUUCAACCAGAGCCUUCAGAGGAAUUCUGGGAUUACGAACACCAGGUGGAUCUGGAGGCCUUCAGCAGCAACACUUUCUACAACCUGCUUCUCAAACACAGCGUGUCAGUCACUUCACGGCUCGGACAGCUCACCAUCGAGGUCAAGGAGCUUUAUCAGGGUGUCCUCGAGAAACUCCGGAUGCUCCACCCUCGCUUGGUGGAUGAGGAGAGCACGGACGACGUUUACGAGAAGACCAGAAGAGAGGUGGAGAAGGAGGUGGUCCGCAGGAGGUCUUUGGCUUCGCACCUGAGGAUGCUGCUCAACAGUCAGCUUCAGGUUUUGAGGCGAGAGCAGCAGGCACAGCAGAAGGUCCACAGUGUGUUCACGGCUCAAGUGCGAGAAUGUAGCAGAAUAUUGGGCAAGAUCCACCAGACAGCUUUUGGACAGCGCCAACAAAAUUUGAUCCAGCGGUUAAGGUCGCUCGUGGGAGAAAUGGGAGGGUUGGUAUCAGCAGAAUGUCGGCGCCAGGGCUCCUGGGGGCUCUUGGGUGAAGGCACGGGGGCCAAAUUGCUCUGUCCUUACACAGGCACUGUGCUGAGCAAAGACGGCAUCUUUGGUUCUGAUGGAUCUCUGCGAGAAUGUUGCCCUGCUCAUUACGACACAGUCACAGGCCUUGUUAGACCAAACGCUCACAGCCACAUGUUGCUGAGCAACGGUCACACUAUGGCGGUUCCUCCAGAUUUCUUCGUGCAUCCACAAACCGGUCAUGUUCUACCCAUUGUUGGAAACGUCGCCUAUGACCCCGAAAGUGCCACUUUGGUCAUCACGACUGAUUUGUGUGCAGGAGACAACAAGAAAUGGGAAAGUCCUCCUAUACCUUUCAUUCCAUACCCGACCUCCUGCCACUCAAACCAACCUCUGCCCAACAUCUGUCUCAGAGGCCUUCGCCCAGGUCAAAAACUGCAGCUGGGUGCCCCCAUGGCAGAUGCAGACACGGGAGUCCCAGUACCUAUUCUGGCCGUUACCAUCCAGCCACAAACUGGUCUGGUCUACCCACUGGGGAAGACACAUAUAUGCCCCAUCACACGUUUGCCGCAACCUGUCCAGAUUGGUUAUCCAAUGAUGGAUCCUCGGACGGGAAACGUUGUGCUGACUGUUGGCAUCAGUCUCGAUCCGGUGACGGGUGUUGUGCUGCCAGUAGGUAGAGUCCUGCUGGGUGAACCCUUUAUGGAACCUCUGAGUGGGAGAAUGACACGAGUGGGAGGUGCAAGCAUCCGAGCCGGGCAGCUGGUAGCUCAUGCAGGAGGAUACCAGACUCUUUUAGACAGCAAGGUUCUGGCGGUUAUGUUCAAAACAGUAGAGCUCCUGAGGCUCCUGAGUGAAGAGUGGGAGUCAGAACCAGCUUUGCAGCUUCAUCAUGGAGCAGAGCGAGGGUGUCACUGGCAAGAUCGUAUUGCUGCAAUGGCAGAGGAGCUCCAUCUGAACUGGAGGAGGAGUCAGCAUUGUCAGCUGCAGCUUCAGACCAGGUUGGAGAUCCUGCUGGACACUACUGAGGGCCUGCAGCAGGAUGGAGGCGCUCUGGGAGACAUGACUCUGCCAGGUUCAAACACAUCAGUCCCUGCCUUGCUGGGUAUGGACUACCCUGAUCCAAUGGGAACAGGUCUCAGCGUACCCGUGUUGGGGUGCCAGUCCGAUCUCAUCACAGGAUGCACGACAGGGCUGGCAGGUACCAUGGAGGACCCUGAUGGCAAUGGUCUGGUGGCAAUCCGUUAUGGCUCUCAAGCAGUUGAUCCUGUAACUGCUGUGUUGGCUCCUGUGGUUGGAGCCAGGCGGGAUGUGCUCACAGACACCGUCGUACCCAUCACAGCCUCCUAUUGGUUGACUGUGGCGGAUCAAAACGACAGCUUGCAGGUGGAGGCUCUGGAGAGAGAAGUGUGUGCGCGGAACACUUAUUGGCAGCAGCAGAGGCGACGGGAGGAGGACAUCCUUGCUGAUGUGGACUCAGCCGUGUUCCGGUGUUUUCUGAGACUGAUGGACGUUGGCAGCCAUCAUGAGGUUAAUGAGGUCCUGUGGUCAGGCAGGCCGCUAAGGGAAGCAGCUGUGGAAAUGCACGACUUAGCCCAGGCUGAAGCCCAAAGAAGAGUAGCCCAACGUGCCACCUUGUCUCUGAUCCUUCCUCCACAUGUUUUGAAUGUCCUCAGCCUGGUGGAUGAAGAGGAGUGGGAUCAGCAUUGUGUUUGGUACACUGAGUUGAUGUCAGGCCUUGACAUGAUGGACUUACGCAUGGAGCAGCUGCAACAAGAUCAGGACAAAUGGAACACACAAAGAGGAGAAGAACGGACAGCGAGUGCCCGCCUCACGGACAGAGAGCCGACGCUGGGAGAAAUGUGGGAGCAAUGUUCUUCCAGAUUGUCCGAUUUAGAUGUUGCUCUCAUUAAGCUGCAAUUUGUUCGCCACCUUUCCAAGCUGCGUGCUGACACGGCUCAGGAAGUCCUGCGUGGAAAAUUCUGGUACAAAGAAUACGGUCUGAUUCGCUUGUGUCGACCCAGACCGACCGGGAACGUCAUGAGUUUGCUCCAAAGGAAGAUUUUACCUCUGCUGGACAGAAUGAACCAUCAAUUUGCGGUUGAUAAACAGCAAGUCAACUCUAACCCUAACCUCAGUCGCCAAAACGCUUUUGGCACUAACCAGCAGCCAGAUGGAGCAUGUGUUCCACCAAGUCACAUCACUGUCCCAACAAUUCCAGAGGAGGAGUGGACAAAGUUGCUGCAACUCUCACCUCUAUUUCAGCUUUUGAAAGGAGUGGAGCAAGGGUUAAAAGACAAAAGUGGCGAGAGAUUUUUGGAUGAACUGGAAUGUCAGUGGGAAUGUGAGGGAGAGUUAAUCCCGUUGGAGCCAUCCAGCCUCAACCCCAAAGAAUUCCUUCUGUACCAACAUGGACUGUUUCUCAUGCACACCUUGCACGCACGAAAACUUACUCCAACUGUUUCUCUCCAAAUAGCUGCGAGGCUUCCUAGUAACAACUACCAUAAUAACACCUUCAGGAAUUCCUUCUUUUAUCGGGAAGCAGAUGAGACGCUCUUUUUCCGCCGCCAGAGACUUCAUUCAGUUGGGGGCUUUUCCGUGCUGUUGCUACACUGUUUGUCCCAUGUGGCAAUUAAAGACAUGAGUAACGAUUCCGCCCCUGCCUUCGAGAGACUUUUCUGGAAGGUACUCCAGGAAUCUCUCGGGCAACUAUUUCAGGCCAAAGUGGGCUUAGAUGUCUCCGCACACGAAGCCCACCGGUCAUUUUGUGAUAGUGAACCUCCCCAGGGACGUUCAAAGUCUGUCAUUCUUCACAGCUGUGGGGAACAGUCUGCUUCUCUAGAACAGCCAAGCAGUGCCGUCGAGGAAUUUGGAAGGAAACACGGAGAAACGUCUUUGGUGUCAAAACUCGAAGGGGUUUUAAGACAAAGAACCUCAGCGAAAGAGGAAGGCCCAAAGUGUCUUUUGAGACGAGGAAGCACGCUGUCGUGUGAUUUCUCUCAAUCGAUCAUCAAAGAAAAGUGAUGGGAAGAAAAAAUAUGAUGGAACUUGUGAGGUCACCACCUCGCUUGGAGAUUUAAAUAAGCGCACAAGUUGCUCAGGAAGGAUGUGCGGUGUUUGAAGCCUAACUGUGACAAAAAAGUCAAGAAGUUCAAGGGGGCUAAUACUUUUGCAAAGUAGUACAAAAACAAUUUCUCAUGACACUGGGUAGAAACGGCUAGUUGGUCAUUUGUGUGUAAGGUGACGUUGGUGUUUUCUCUUAAUUUAUUUAUUGAUAAAGUGAUAAAGUGUCUUUAGGUUAUUUAUCACAAAAGUUUUUUUUUCUGUAAAAGUAUAUUUUAUUUUUCUGCGAUUUCCCAUGAAACAAAAGACAACUAAAGCAUAACUAAAAAUCACUUUUAUUCCUGCUCAGUUGAAAUAUUGUGACAUCAUAUUUUUUAUGUGACCUGUUUGUAUGAAAACAUUCAGUAAAUAUUCAGUUAUAAUCUUUGUUUGGUAAUAAGAUUUUUCAUUGUUUAUAAAACCUGAGAAUCACA